AUGGAAUUCACUCCAAACACCACCUACAACGCAUCAGACUCGGGUCACGUUUCUUCUUUUGAUAAUUCAUUAUCAUUUUACGGUUCCUCAUCUACAGAAACAACCCCUCUAACUAAUUUAUCACGCAAAAGAAAGUUCAAUUAUGAAAUUCCGAAAAGAAACUUAACAGACGUUUUGGAAUCACCCCACUGCUUUAACAGCACUUUCAAUGAAUCUUUAAGCAGCAAAUUCAGUAAUUGCCACAUCAAAAAUGAUUUGUUCAAUGACAUUCAGCAUAAUAAAGUAUUUAAAAGGGAUGUCUCUACAAUACAGAAGAUUCAUUCCGCACCUUGUACGCCUGUAAAACAGGUUAAAAUUGGGGGGAACACCAGGAGUUUUGUGAAGUGUUACCCUGAAGAGUCGCCUUUGAAAGAAGCGAGGAGUAUUUUGUAUCCAAAAUUGAAACCUUUGGAGCCUCCGAGGAGGAUUUUAUCCCCCCUGAAGUUAAAGAAAUUCGACUCUCCAGCAAAAAAGUGUUUGUUUUUAAACCCCAAAGCCUUGCUGCAAAAAGUUAUCACAAACAGUGUCAUAAUGUCCGUUGUUUUGAAAAAUCUUUCAAAUGGGGAUUUGUACAGGCUUUCCAAGGUUUCGGAAAGUUUCAGGCAAGCUAUCAACAACGAUUUAUCAGCUGUAAUAAGGUUAAGAUUCUUUGACGAAAAACACAAAAAAAACAAGGAGAAUUAUCAAAUAACUCCUCCACCAUCACCUGAAAAGUGCACUGAAACUCCACCCAGUCCAAGUAAUAGAAAUUUCAAGCUAUUUUUGAAUAGAACAAAAUCAUUGGAUAAAAACGAAUCGUUGAGAAAAUGCGAUAUAUGCUCAAAAGUGGCAGUUGUGAUGCAUAACAUAGCUCAAUGCGAAUCAAUUAGUUGCGGGUACAUUUGCUGCCUCAACUGUAACAGUUCUUCUUUUACUGCUGAAGAAUUCAAUGAUAAAUGUAAUGGGGCCAGGUUGGGGUUGGAAAAGUCAAAGGAAAACCCUCUGACAGACAUGAGCAACACUUCCUAUUCAUUUUUCAACAACUCCAGCGCAUCACAUUCACAUAGCACAAGGCAAGAGUCUGGUUUUUACUCCGACAUGGAUAGUCCAGUUGUUAAAAGAAACUUGAAUAGGUCUUUCACCUCUACACCAGUGGUUAAGAAAGUUUUAGCCAGCAAUAACAACAGAAUUCAUCUUAAAUCAAGAAAUGUUAAUCUAAAUAAGAGUACUCCCAUUCACAGUGUUAUAAAAGUAGAAACUACUAGGUUACCAAUUGAAGUGGUGGAACCUCCCAGCCCUCCAAGGGCCAAAAACUACGUGGCAUGCUCGAAACAAAGCAAGAAAAACCUGAAAAGGUUGACUAGAUGA